AUGGCCGGGUCCCCCCGUGCCGCCCCGGCUGGCACAGUUCGUGCAGCGCUGGAGGAUGUCCCGCUCCUGGACCAGCACUGCCACCCCGUGGUGCGCGACGACGCUGUGUGGCGCCGCACCCCGUACCAGGUGUGCUUCAGCGAGGCGCAGGGGGCGGCGCUGGAGGCAGUGGACGGGACGAACGUGGCGUUUCAGAGGGCGAAGAAGGAGGUGGCGGGGCUGUAUGAGUGCGAGGAGGACGUGCUGGCCAUGAAGGCGUGGCAGGAGCGCUCCACGCUGCCCGACGCCCUGCGGCUGUGCGCAAGGCGUGCGGGGAUCGACGCGCUCCUCGUCGACGACGGUAUCCGGAACGAGGAUCUGAUGACCUUCGAUGGGAUGGAGGGCAUCAUGUCCAUGCAGACCCUGUCGGUGCCAGUCCACCGGGUCUUCAGGGUCGAGACUGCUGCCGAGUUGUAUGCAGAACAGGUGUGCGCAACCCUUCCAGCGGGUGCAGCCCAGAUGCAAAGCCAUACAAGCGCGAGGAAUGCAGUGCACACAGCACUGAUCCAGGCCUUUGCGAAUUCGAGCCCGGCGAAUAGCGAAUGCUUCGAGAAAAUUUCUCGCGCAUGCGCGGACAAGAAGAUUGUUGCCCUGAAGACAGCGGUCUGUUACCGCGGUGGACUCGGUAUACCGUCGCGAGUGCAAUUGGCAAAGAAUGAGAUCAGCAAUCGGGAAGGCAACAAGCAACUCGACCAGCUCAUAAGGACCUUUGGGGACCCCGAUGUCGCCGUUGGUAACUUCGGAGUGAGGACAAGCGGCACGCAGCUGCGAAUUUCGGGCAGCCCGAUCGGCCACUUUGUUGCGUACAUGGCGCUGGACGUGUGCGCGGAGGUCGGCAAGCCCCUCCAGAUCCACACCGGGCUGGGCGACAACGACCUCAAGAUCCACGAGGCCAACCCGGCCCUGCUGCGCGCGUUCAUCGAGGACGCCGAGUCCAAGAACGUCCCGAUCGUGCUGCUCCACGGCGGGUGGCCCUACACGCGGGAAGCCGCGUUCCUGACGGCCAACCACGCCAACGUGUGGCUCGACGUCGGCCUCGCGCCCGCGAUGCUCUCCACGCCGGCGGCCCGCGAGAUGAUGCGCGAGGCCUUCUCCAUCGCGCCACUCAACAAGAUCAUGGCCUCCACAGACGGCCACACACUGCCGGAGAUGUUCUACUCUGGGGCGGUCCGGAUACGCGCCCUCGUCUCGGACACGCUCCAGGAGCUCGUCGACGAGGGCGAUCUGUCCCUGCAGGACGCCGUGGCGUUCGGCGUUGGCAUCCUGCACAACAACGCCACGCGGCUCUACAAGCUGCAGCGCCCCGGUCCCGUCGAGGUGCCCGCCGCGGCGGCGAGCCCCGCCUCCACGAGGGAGCCCUCGGCCGCUGAUGUGCCCGCGAGGGGGCUGCUCUGUCGCGAAGGCCCAGGUACGGAUGCAGCGCUGCAGACCGAGCUGCGGGAGAGCGGCGGGUGGCUCCUGCGGCCCCCGCCCGCGCAGGGCAGCGACGGGCCGCCGAUCAGGCUGGUGAGGUACGUGUGGACGGACGUCGCCGGGCUGCGGCGCUGCCGUGCCGUGCCGUGGCGGGUGUUCGAGAGGGCGGUGUCUGCGGAGGGGAACCGCCACGGACUCGGGCUCACCAGGGCGUGCAUGGCCAUGCCCUGCUACGCCGACGGCUGCGUGCCUGACUCAGGGUUGAGUGUGGUAGGCGAGGUCCGCCUGACGCCCGACGCGUCCACGCUGAUGCGUCUGCCCUGGUGCCCGACCCACGCCAUGGCGCUGUGCCACCUCCUCGAGCCCGGCACCGCGGACGGCAGCCCCGGCGGCGGCGGGCCGUGGGCGUGCUGCCCGCGCAGCGCCCUUGCGGACCUGCUCGCGGCGUUCGAGGAGGAGCGCGGCUGCCGCGUCCGCGUCGGCAUCGAGUGCGAGUUCGUCGUCCUGGGCAAGGUCGAGCCCGACCGUCGCGCGAACUCCGGCCUGCGGCGCGCGGGGUACGCGCCGCUCGACACCUCGGCGUACUGCGCGACGUCGAGCUUCAACGAGCACUCCGAGCUGAUGUCCGCGAUCGUCGACGCCAUCGAGGGGCUCGGGCUCGAGGUCGAGCAGAUCCACGCUGAGUCAGCGGGGGGUCAGUUCGAAGUGGUCAUCGGGCACGUCGGCGCGCUCGCCGCGGCCGACGCCGUCGUCAUGGUCCGCGAGGCCGUCCAGGGCGCCGUCGCUAAGUACGGCGACGGCAACCUCGUCGCGUGCUUCCUCCCGAAGGUCCUCAAAGACCACGCGGGCAACGGCGCGCACCUCCACCUGUCGCUGUGGAAGCCCGGCCAGGGCGGCGCGUGGGAGAACGUGACCGGCGGCGGGACGGGCGACGCCGCGCCGCUGUCCCCCGAGGGCGCCGCGUUCGCCGCGGGCAUCCUCAACCGCCUGCCCGGCCUGGUGGCGUUGCUCGCCGGCAACCCCGCGUCGUUCCACCGCGUGCAGCCGUCGACGUGGAGCGGGGCGUUCCGCUGCUGGGGCGUCGAGAACCGCGAGGCGCCGCUGCGCGCGUGCGUCGGCGCGGGCGGCCCCGCCGCAGUCAACAUCGAGAUCAAGUGCGUCGAUCACACGGCCAACCCUUACGUGGCGAUCGCGGCGCUGGUCGCGGCGGGGCGCGAGGGCAUCGCCGGCGGGGAGCGGCUGCCGGCGCCCGUGAGCGUGGACCCGGGCGCGGCGGGGCGUGACUUCCAGAAGCAGCACGGCAUCGUGCGCAUGCCGACGUCGACGCAGGAGGCGCUGGGGAACCUGCAGGAGGCGGGGUGCUGGGAGGCGCUGGCGGACGGGAUCGGGGAGAAGCUGCUGCGGGCGGCGGUGGCGGUGCGGGCGGCGGAGGCGGCCGAGCUGGGCGGGCGCGGGCUCGAGGACAUAGUCGAGCGGCUGGCGACCAAAUUCUGA